AUAGGUUUAUAACGUAUAAAAAGUUCAACGAAAUCAGAGGGGACAAUGUCUGGUGCUCGCUUGUGAAUAGAUACGUUUUAGGUGAUCGAUACGCAUUCAGCAACUUUUCCCUAUGUUACAAUUGAUUGACUGCUCACGCGCGCUCGUCAACAAAUCCCCGGUUAAUUAUCUAGGUCUUUCGGCCUUUGACCGAUCUACAGUUCGUCGUGAGAAAUUUUCAUUGAAGCUCGCCUUGAAAAUUACGCCAGGGUCGCCUCGAGUUUUAUCGGUGGAUUUCCGUGAACGAACACACGGGUGUUAUCAUGUGUAUCGAUGGCCGCGACUCGAAUCCGAAGUUCACGGUCUUGCGACACGCCACGCAUUGCGGAAAGUGACGCUGAGGCAAGGGUGAUGGACGACGACAGAGAGAGAAAUCUAUACGAGAAAGAUGCGACUGUGGUUGCACGACGUAUAAAGAAGCGCCGGCACGGGCGAGAGUACGACACUUUUUGUUCGCCCUCCGACAAAGCCUCAAGCGAUUCUGCGAAGAAGGAUGUCCGGGUUGGCACUUUCGAGAUUCAACGCAAUGGCGCUCCUUUUACUCUUUGGAAUUUUGUUCAUGCGGAUUCACGCUGAGUACAUUAAUUUGGCAGAUGUUCCGUGCGGUAGGAGUGAGAGGAUAGAAGCAACAAGGAUUGUCGGAGGUCAAAAUGCAGCCCCACGUGAAUUUCCAUGGCUGGUGAGCAUUACGAGAAAAGGUGGACACUUCUGCGGCGGCGCAAUUUUGAACGACAAAUUUAUAUUAACUGCUGGACACUGUUUAUGUGUCGGCACAAACAAAAUUCCAGUAAAACAGUUGCGCGUCACUUUGGGCGAACACAAUUUAAGGGCUCCAGAAAUUCCGGCCGCAAGACAUGAAAGCAUCACAAAUGCGGUGUUGCAUCCUGGUCACAUGUGCGGCAAGUAUGUGGACGAUAUUGCUCUGUUGGAGCUCGCUAGACCGAUCAGUUGGUCGGAAAGCGUGAAACCCGCAUGUUUACCUGUGGCCACAGGAAAACCAGGGUAUAGCGCCUUCGGCGGCGUGGAUGCUAUAAUAGCCGGAUGGGGAUGGCUCGGAGAAGAUAGAAGCAAAAACAAGAGAGCGGACGUGGUACAGAAAGUGGAAGUACAAGUAGUGACAAAUGAUAUUUGUAACGAAUGGUACGCCAGUCAGAAGAAGUCAGUCAAGAUUAACACAACGCAAAUGUGCGCCGGCUUCGAGGAAGGAGGAAAAGAUUCUUGCUGGGCUGACAGCGGUGGGCCCCUGAUGGUCGGAAGUCACCCAGCCGGGCCCUUGAUGGUCAUUGGAGUGGUUUCAAACGGUAUUGGUUGCGGUAGGGUACGACUUCCUGGCAUUUACGCGAGAGUCUCCGAUUAUGUUUCUUGGAUAACGCAAGAGACAAACUCUAGUCAAUAAACUUGAACGACGAAGAUAGUGCGAAUUUUUAUCUUGCCAUUUUGACAAUAACGUUUAACAAUGAACUGAAUUGUAUGCCAUAAUGUAAACGAUAUAAUUAGAAUAAUUUAUUUAAAUCAAUGAUUCUUUUAGUUUAUAUAUAUUAUAGUUAAUAUAAAUAAGACAAAAAAUUUAGUGAGACAGUUAGCCGAUGAUUGGACUUUUAAAAUCUGUUAUAUGAUAACGUUACCAAUAUAUUGUCACAUUCGCAAAAUGUGAUAGCUAGUUAACAAAAUAACAAACGUGGUAGGUAUUAACAGUUUUACUGAAAUGCCAAAAAUGUAUUAUGUACUUAUAUUGUACUAUAAUUAAAAUAAAACUUUAUAUUGUCUA